AUGGAGGCCGAAUGCGUGCGAGUCGCGGUGAAUAUACGUCCAUUGAUUACGUCGGAGCUGCUUCACGGUUGCACAGAUUGUAUUUCGGUUGUCCCCGGUGAACCUCAGGUGCAAAUAGGAUCACACUGUUUCACGUAUGAUUAUGUGUAUGGUAGCACGGGGCCAUCUUCAUCUUUAAUUUACGACGAUUGUGUGGCACCGCUUGUUGAUGCAGUCUUCCAUGGAUAUAAUGCUACAGUUCUUGCGUACGGUCAGACGGGCUCUGGGAAAACAUAUACCAUGGGCACCAACUAUAAUGGAGAGGGGAGUAGUGGAGGUAUUAUACCCAAGGUAUUGGAGACCAUAUUCGACAGAGUUAAGGCUACAAAUGAUUCCACAGAAUUCUUGAUUAGAGUAUCAUUUAUUGAGAUAUUCAAAGAAGAGGUUUUUGAUUUGCUUGAUUCUAGUUCAUCUAAAGGAGAUGCAGCAUCUAUGGCAAAGGUUGCGGCACCCACCAGAGUUCCCAUACAAAUCAGAGAAAGUACGAACGGAGGAAUAACACUUGCUGGGGUGACUGAGGCUGAUGUUAAGACAAAAGAUGAAAUGGCAUCGUAUCUCUCAAGUGGUUCAUCGUCACGUGCUACUGGGAGUACAAAUAUGAAUAGUCAAUCAAGGUAA